AUGAAUGUGAUGUUAGAGAACUACAAAAACCUGGUCUUCUUGGCAGGGAUUGCUGUCUCUAAGCAAGACCCAAUCACCAGUCUGGAGCAAGAAAAAGAGCCCUGGAAUAUGAAGAGACGUGAGAUGGUGGAUGAAUCCCCGGCUAUGUGUUCUUAUUUUACGAGAGACCUUUGGCCAGAGCAAGACAUAAAAGAUUCUUUUCAACAAGUGAUACUGAGAAGAUACAGAAAAUGUGAACAUGAGAAUUUACAGUUAAGAAAAGGCUCCACAAGUGUGGAUGAGUGUAAGGUGCACAAAGAAGGUUAUAAUAAACUAAACCAGUGUUUGACAACUACCCAGAGCAAAAUAUUUCAAUGUGAUAAGUAUAUAAAAGUCUUUCAUAAAAUUUUAAAUUCAAAUAGACAGAAGACAAGACAUACUGGAGAGAAACCUUUCAAAUGUAAAAAAUGUGAUGAAUCAUUUUGCAUGCUUUUACACCUAAGUCAACAUAAAAGAAUUCAUAUUAGAGAGAAUUCUUACCAAUGUGAAGAAUGUGACAAAGUCUUUAAGCGGUUCUCAACCCUUACUAGACACAAGAGAAUGCAUACUGGAGAGAAACCCUUCAAAUGUGAAGAAUGUGGCAAAGCUUUUAAGCACUCCUCAACACUUACUACACAUAAGAUAAUUCAUACUAGAGAGAAGCCCUUCAAAUGUGAAGAAUGUGGUAAAGCUUUUAACCACCCUUCAGCCCUUACUACACAUAAGUUUAUUCAUGCUAAAGAAAAACCCUACAAAUGUGAAGAAUGUGACAAAGCUUUUAAUCGAUUCUCAUACCUUACUAAACAUAAGAUAAUUCAUUCUGGAGACAAAUCUUACAAAUGUGAAGAAUGUGGCAAAGGCUUUAAGUGGUCCUCAACCCUUACAAAACAUAAAAGAAUUAAUACUGGAGAGAAACCCUACAAAUGUGAAGAAUGUGGCAGCUUUAAUGUGUCUUCACACCUUACUACACAUAAGAUAAUUCAUACUGGAGAGAAACCUUACAAAUGUGAAGAAUGUGGCAAAGCUUUUAACCAAUCCUCAAACCUUACCAAACAUAAGAUAAUUCAUACUGGAGAGAAACUCUACAAAUGUGAAGAAUGUGGCAAAGCUUUUAACCGAUCUUCAAACCUUACUACACAUAAGAGAAUUCACACUGGAUAGAAACCCUACAAAUGUGAAGAAUGUGGCAAAGCUUUUAACCGAUCCUCAAACCUUACUAAACAUAACACAAUUCAUACUGGAGAGAAAUCUUACAAAUGUGAAGAAUGUGGUAAAGUGUUUAACCAAUCCUCAACUCUUACUAAACAUAGGAAAAUUCAGUAGGGCGUGGUGGCUCACGCCUGUAAUCCCAACACUUUGAGAGGACUAGGUGAGCAGACUGUGAGGUCAGGGGUUCGAGACCAGCCUGGCCAACAUGGUAAAACCCCGUCUCUACUAAAAAUACAAAAAUUUGCUGGGUGUGGUGGCAGGCGUCUGUAA